AUGCCUUCAAUUCGACGAUUUAACAACGAGAGGCAACAAUAUGGUCACUCACCACACAACCGGAAUCUAAAAAUCAACAAACAUAUCGAUAAUAAAGAGACAUUGAGAAGAAUGCAGGAGCUUCCAACGCAAGAUACAGGAAAUAAUAACGGGAUUAUGCAAGCAUGUAGAGAUAUACCAAAUCAAUCUUAUCGUGUCUUAUCGAUAACAUCAGCAUCGACCACGGGAAAAAACAAUGCUGCGCCAUGGAGAUUUUGUGCAUCGUGA